UCCACACUCCCCGAUCCACAGUUCAGUUUCAGUUAUCGCUCCUUUCCAGUGUUGUACAUCUGAGUGGAUUUGUUCUGUUAGUUUUACCAGUUACACCUAGUGUGAAAAGUGUAUUCCUUUGUACGUGCAAGAAAACCAACUCUACAAUGGUUUCGAAUGUCAGGGGGUUAGCUGUCGCUCUUCUCUUUAUCCUGGUGGCAGUGGAGGCUAAAGACAUGCUGAAGAAGUCAAUUGUGUUUGACAAGAAGACACCAGGAGUAUUUUACUGUCCUCAGCACAAACCCACCGGUAUUGACAAAAUGAUCGUGAGAGCUCGACCACUAAACAAACUUUGUGAGUUUGACGGAGGUCCGAUCCCCGAGGAUUACAAGUCUGAUUGUUACCACGACGUUGACGAAACAGACUUUGCUUGCAAAGAGAAGGCCAGAAUCAUGAAGCGGAUCAAGAAGGAAGACCUAAAGGCCGAAGACUAGGAUAGGUCCGUCUUCACCCACCAGGCGGUGAGAGUGUCAAAGAUUCUGAGAAAUGGGUACAAAAAUACGACAAAUACAUCAAGAAGAAGAAACAUUGAAACUUAACCAAUUAUAGAGCUAAUUGUGAUAUAACUGUUAGUAAACACAAGGAAUAAUUACGUAUUACAAAAUUCAACGUAAAUUAUUUAAUUCGCCGUUAGACCUACUACCUAGUUGAAAUUUUGAUUUGUGGAAUAAAUUCCCAAACAUAAUUAAUUUGGAAUUAAACAGUUCUGAUGGUAUUUAGGCGAGUCGGUAGCGUCACGGAUUUCAAGCCCAAGGCAGUGAUGUCGUGGGUUUAGAUCCGCUUUGCUGUAUAUGUUCAACGCACCGUCCUUUUUGGUCCAUAUGGAUAGGCUAAUGCAAGGUAAAAGAGGCUACCAACCUUUUUUUUGAAGGUUACUUUUCAUAACAGAAUUAUUACUAGCUUACUCCAUCUUUUCAGCAGAUGGAGUCAAUUCGCCCUGAAGAUAGCACAAUGUAUCGAGGCCAAAAUGUUCACAUGCAUUAAUGUUCAUUCUGUUAUUAAUAAUCUGAAGACCACAACUUUAGUCCAUAACUUCAGUGAGAUAAUUUAUUCUUUAUACCAAACUUUCAACUUAAAUAUUGUACGGUAUUUUUACUGCAGUAAAAAAAAUCCAACAAUGUCAUACGACGGAAAUUAUAUACAUCAAUGUGAUUGUGUUCUUGUGUUUACUAAUAGUAACUACUAAUCGUUACUGAUAACCAAAAUAAUUAAUAGGUAUAUUUGUUGGUGUUUGGCCAAGUUUUUGUUUUGUUUUCUCGGGGUUUUUGACAUUAUAAACCUAAUCAAAACUAACAUAUAAACUGAAGAGUAACUUGUGCCGGAACAUUUGAGUGUAACAGGUUUUUCUUAGCCGACUAUAUUCAGUAUAUUCAACAGUGAACUAUCCCAUAGUAGGCCUGUUUUGCAUAGGUGCUGAGUGUACUUUUAACAUUUUCCUUGCUCUUAAAUAUAUUUGAUUCAUUACAAAUCAAACUUGGAUAUAAUGAAUAGUUAUUAGACAAAUUUCUUGGUGUGAUCAAGUUUUUCAAUCCCCAGUUACAGCUUUAAGUAAUAAAUGUGUAUGAAAGGUAAGGUAAGACUUUAGCAAAUGCUUAUAAGUAUUAAGGUGUUCUUGUAUGACUUUUUCUUCGGUUGUAUUUAUCACGGGUAGAUUAGCGUUUCUAUUAUUUUAAUUUCAGAUGAUAAACUUAGCAAAACUAGUAGUUAAACUACACAAUAAUAUUGUGCAAAUGAAUGUAACUUUAAAAUUAUUUGUUGUAGAAUAGGCUAUUUAUUUCAUGUAGGUACAUAGCAAAUUAUAUGAAAUUUUUUACAUUUUAGCUCAAAAGCGAAUAAAUAUUUU